AUGGAUUUGUCAAGCUCUGAAUUUGCGAAGGAAUCAACAGGAGCCCUAUGUGUGAAACUUGCUCCAAACUCUGUUGGAUUAUCUGUGGAACCAGUUAAUUCAAAUAUAUUGGAAAAUGACGAAGAGGAUGGAGAAGAUUUUUCAGGUGAAUCGUCAGAUGAUUAUAUUCCAGAAACGGAUGAAGAGGAGGAUAGUCUCGAGGGGAAAAUUGAAAAAUCUUCGGUAAAGCAACAUGAAGUGCUCUGCGAAAUCGCGGAAGAAAGCAAUGGUGAAAAUGUUGAAUUGAAAGUAACACGAAAAAGAAAGCGUAAGAGCCAGCUUUGGAUGCAGAACAAAAGAAAGAGCGACAGGAGUCAAGGAAAGGCUUAUGUUACAAAGAGUGAUAAAGUAAUUAAGGAACGUUUACCGAAGCCCGCUGAUUGCAGCUGUCAUCACAAUGCAGACUAUUGGAGUUUGGGCGAUUACUGCAAGCAACGUCUAUUCCUUAGUAAUAACAUAAAAGUGGAAAAGUGCAAGAGGACAUUAACGAGAGAAUCACGCCGGUCGAACACUCUAAAAUACUUUCUAAAUGACAAACAGGUCUGUAAAAAGUUCUUUUUAAAUACUUUACACGUGUCAGACUGCGCGAUAUCUGUAUUAGCCAAAAAAAAGAAUCAAAGAGAAUUUGUUGACAUGAGGGGUAAACACGGAAUGCAAAGAAAAGUAGACGAGGAGAUAGCAAAUCUUAUUAAAGAGCACAUAGAGUCAUUUCCAGCAGUAGAAAGCCACUAUACUCGAGCAAAGUCCCAACGCCUUUAUCUGAGCUCAGACCUAACAAUUACAAAAAUGUAUAACUUAUUUAAAGAACGCCACCCAGACCUCUCAGUUAAAGAACAUAUGUAUCGCCACAUAUUUUGUAAUAAUUACAAUUAUUCAUUCCAUCAUCCAAAAAAGGACACAUGCUCAACAUGCGAAAUGUUCAAAAAUACAGAGGACAAGGCUUCAAUACAAAAAUCAUAUGAUGAACACUUAGCAAAUAAAGCCCAGGCAAGACUCCACAAAGAUGCUGACAAGGAGUUAUCUAAAAAUAACAGUAAUAUAAAAGUAUUUACUUUUGACUUACAAUCAGUGCUAUUGACACAAUGUAGCAAUGUAAGCACCUUGUAUUACAGUCGAAAGUUCGCCACAUACAACAACACAUUUUACGAUUUAGCUAGUGGAGCUGGAUAUUGUUUCCUGUGGGAUGAAAACCAUGGUCACCGUGGGUCAGAGGAAAUUGGAACCACUUUAUUAAAAAUGCUGAACAAUUUACCCGAAUCAGUAACGAAUUCUGUAUUCAGACUGCUGUGGAGGACAGAAUAG